CUCAUGGCAACGACCUCUUAGGUUUCCGGGUUUGACAUCUUGAAGGCCGUCUCCAACCCUCAUACGAUCAUCAUGGCGGCCAUGAGAGCUCGACACAAGAUUCGUGCUCCUCGACGGAUUGUCGCAGCUGCCCCGACAGAGGAUUUCGAUACUCUCUGGAACGUGCUAUCAUCUUCCCUCACGGAAAUUCAUACGAAAAAUGCCUCGACCCUCUCGUUUGAAGAACUUUACCGAAAUGCAUACAGGAUGGUGCUGAUGAUGCGGGGUGAUGACCUGUACGAGCGGGUCAAGUCCCUCGAGGAAAACUGGCUACGGAACCACGUUCAAAAGCAGGUUACAGAGUCUAUUCUCCCGAUUCUAGUGCGGGCACAAAAUCCCCAGAGUCUUGCGGAUGUUCAAGAUCAGUCGAACGAGAGGCGGGCAGCGGGGGAACGAUUCUUAGCCGUCGUGAAGGAGGCGUGGUCAGAUCAUCUGCUCUGCAUGGGCAUGAUCACGGAUGUUUUGAUGUACAUGGACCGCAUCACCGCCGCAGAUCGCACCAAGCCUUCCAUUCUCGUCGUAUCCAUGGCGCUCUUCCGCGAUCACGUUCUCCGGGCUCCCGUUCGUUCCGGCUCCGACGUUACUGUUGCACAAGUUUUUGAAUCCACAGUACUCUUCAUGAUACAGUUGGAACGCGCAGGCCAUAUCAUCGACCGGCCAUUGAUUCGAAAUUGCAUGUACAUGCUGGAAGGCCUCUAUGAGACUGUUGCAGAGGAGGAGAGCUCCACCCUGUACCUCGCCACGUUCGAGCCGGCAUUCCUGAGCACUAGCAGGGAUUUUUACAAAGAAGAGGGAGCCCGGUUAUUAGAAGUUGGGGAUGCCGCGACGUUCUGUCGCAUUGCUUCACAGCGCAUUCUGGAGGAACAUGAACGGUGUCAUUACACGCUCGUUGCUCAGACCGAGCCAAAGAUUGGCGAGGUCCUGAACGAGGAGCUGAUUCGCAAGAACAUCGAGGAGGUAGUUCGUCUGGAAGGAACGGGGGUUCGACACAUGCUUGAUCACAAUCAGCUUGAUGGGCUGCGAACAGUGUACACUCUCAAUUCCAGAGUAGACGAAAAGAAGAGCGCACUUACUAGCCAGGUGAGCAAGCGCAUUGUUGAGCUGGGCAUGGAGAUCAACGCUUCGUCUAUUGCUGCGCCACAGGCGCCGGCUUCCGCUGAAAAAGAUGCCGGCAGCGAGAAAAAGGAGAAGGGCAAGGAGAAGGAGAAAGCUGUCAAUCCACAAACUGCAUCAGCAAUCAAGUGGGUUGACGAUAUCUUGACUCUCAAAAAGCAAUUCGACAAUGUCUGGGAAAAAUCUUUCCACUCCGAUCAAAACUUACACAAAUCGAUCGAGGACAGCUUCGAGGACUUCAUUAAUAGGAACACCCGGAGCUCGGAAUACCUCUCUCUCUUCUUUGAUGAAAAUCUCAAGAAGGGCAUCAAGGGCAAGACCGAGGACGAGGUUGAUGCCCUUCUUGACAAUGGUAUCACACUUCUUCGGUACAUCAAGGAUAAGGAUUUGUUCGAGACAUACUACAAGAAGCACCUUGCGCGCCGACUGUUGAUGAAGCGAUCUGCAAGCAUGGACGCGGAACGACAAAUGAUUUCAAAGAUGAAGAUGGAAGUCGGCAACCAGUUCACCCAGCGCAUCGAAGCUAUGUUCAAGGAUAUGACAGUUUCGGAGGACCUCUCGGCGAGUUACAAGGAGCAUAUCCGCCGAAGCGGGGACCCAGACAAAAAGGCCAUCGAUUUGGACGUCCAUGUCCUCACUAGUACCAUGUGGCCAAUGGAAGCCAUGGUCAAGGCCAGAAACGGCCAGGUACAGCUGCCCUGCAUCUUCCCGCGUGAGAUCGACAAUCUCAAACAGAGCUUUGAAAAGUUCUACCUCGACAAGCAUAGCGGUCGCAAGUUAUCUUGGCAAGCGGGCAUGGGCUCGGCGGAUAUCCGAGCUACAUUCCAGCGAAGCAAUGGAAAGACGCUGCGCUAUGAGCUGAAUGUUUCUACAUACAUGCUGGUCAUUCUCCUCCUCUUCAAUGACGUUCCGGAUGGUGAAUCUUUGACGUUUGAGGAGAUUCAGGAGCGCACUUGUAUCCCCGAGUAUGACCUGAUUCGCAACCUGCAAUCUCUGGCGGUAGCUCCCAAGACGAGAGUCUUGAAGAAGGAGCCCAUGAGCAAAGAUGUCAAGCCUACGGAUCGAUUCUCCUUCAACAAUGACUUCCAGAGCGCGUUCGUGAAGGUGCGAAUCGGCGUUGUUGCAGGCGGUGCGAACAAGGUCGAGAAUCAGGAUCAGCGCAAGGAGACAGAGAAGAAGAUGAAUGACGAGCGCGGUGGCAGUAUCGAAGCCGCCAUCGUCCGUAUCAUGAAACAACGGAAGAAGCUUGGUCAUGUUGGCUUGAUGAACGAAGUUCUCACCCAGCUAUCCGCUCGCUUUGUGCCCGACGUGAACAUGGUCAAGAAGCGCAUCGAGAGCCUGAUUGACCGCGAGUAUCUGGAGCGUCUGGAAGAUGAGCCAGCGACAUACGGAUACAUCGCUUAAGACAGCAGUGGUUCAUGCAUAGCUUGAUUACGAUUCCCUCUUCGACUUCAUUUUCCCUUGCUUGAUGACGUUUAUGCAUAUCCGGUUUCUGGGCAUGGCUGGCUUCUCUUCUUUUUUUUUGUCUUUCUCCUCUGGGCUUAGCGAAUGGCGUCUCACGGACGGCAAGUGAAUCGAUUGUACAUAGACAACGGCGAGACGGUCUGCAUUGUGUCUUUUUUUUUUUCGAGUAGUAUGGCAAAUUGUCAUAACUACACUUCUUGAACAUAGUUUUGCGUAAUACUUCGCACCAUAGUCGAACGUAAACAAAGCAUAUCGUUUUCAUGCACCCAUCGCAAACCGUGCAUCUGGGGCCAUUAUCAAGGUAUAUGGUAUGAGAAAUGUAACACUAAACGCCAACGCCAGGAAUGCCGCUACUCCAACCCAGACAUCAAGAUUAACCAAUAACCCCUUGACCUCGCCGGGUGGAAGAUAUAAAGAGCACAACAAAAACCACCCCACCACCUAUCACACCAGAUAAAUCUCAUCCCCCAAUCACAGCAGUUCCACCUCCCCCCUCUCCCAAGCCCUCCUAACCCCCUCCCACCGAACAACCCAAACGUCCCCCAUCCGCAUCGAAACACCAACCUCCUCAACCCCAUCCUCCCCGUCCACCAAGACGGGAACCUCGGCGCCCAAACACCGCACGAAAACAACCUCCUUCGUCUCGGGUCCCUGCACCAUACUCGUCCCACCAGCAUUAUCAUCCAACCGUCUCAAUUGCCUCGGAAACGCGCCCAAAAACGCGCCCCCAUAGUGUCCAGCCAAUAACGUCUGAUGCGCGUGGACGAAGCUCGUUUCCGGCCCCGAGAGCGGGGCCGUAUCGACCAGCGCCGAGAUAUCGGGGACGGAGUCUUCGGGGGUGGUGUUGGGGUUUGCAGAGGAUGUUUGGGAUUGGGAUUGCGAUUGCGAUUGGGAGGUGGAGAGGGGGUUUUUGUUGCGGCUGGCUAGUUGGACUAGAUAGUGCAUGCUGUGUUUUGUGAGUUUUGCCAGGCGCGCGCGUAGUAAGGAGCGGAUGAUGUAUUGGGUGCGGGCAAGGUCGGUUUGGAGGAUGGACAGGCGGAGGUUUAGGUUUGGAUUGUGUGUCGUGUUGGAGAGGUGUGUGUCUGCGGAGGAGGCGGCGAGGUCUUCGAUCGUUUCGAUCUAGCCAGGUACUAGGUAUUAGCACUUGGUGUCUGGUUGAGGGGGUCGAUUGGGAAGAAAGUUGCGAGGGAGUAGGGAGGAAUGCAGAGUAUGUCGAUGCGAGCCUUGGGGAGGCGUGGGACGAACCUGAAUGCGCACGCGAUCCAUCACUCGCUCCAUUAAUGGCGCCGGCCAGGGAAGAAGCUCCGAGACGGCGCGUUCGGCGACCCAGAAGCGCGUUAAUUGUUGGUGAUCGAGGGCGGCGGAUUCCGGGCUGGCGCCGGGGCCACGGUCCACGGAGGCGAGGAUGUCAUCGAUAUCCAUGAGCCCUGGCCUGUGGUUCGAGUGCGAUUGGGGAUUGAGGGACUGGAAAAAUGAGGUGGAGGGGGCGGAGAUCGGAGGAUGAUCGAGGUGGAGCGGGUGCGCCUAGGGUAUCGAAGGCUUACGUGACGAGCAGUGCAUCCCAGCUGAAAUGUGUAGACGGGCAGAUGAUGUUUUGGAACAUUAUUUGCUCUAUUGCAUUGUCAGAUAUUCACGUAGCCCAUCGUAAUGAAAUUGAUAGACUUGGUUAAUCUCUUAACUUUGUCUCGA